AUGGCGCCUAUACGUCGAUACUUGAGGAUCACCAAGUACUCCGUUCUCGAAUGCCGUAUCUAUCUCGAUAAUCCAGCACUGGCACAAAGUUGGCUUCUCAAUCCUCGGAAUCCCAUUCUACCCAAGGUCAUCGAGAGUGUUCGCCCCUUGGUGCUACCAAAGCUGCGUGAAGAAAAAGAGAGGGAAAGAGCAAAGAAGAAGAGCUCGAAAAAGAAGACUGUCAAGGAUGUCAUCGUUCAAGACGAGUUUGAAGUCUCCAUGUUCUUGACCGAGACAAGUACACGCCAUUCGCUCCUCACUAAGCAUAAGCACUUCCGCGACAAGGCACCCGGGAAGUUGCAGUCAAACUCCAACAAACUCAUAAACGAAACGAAUGACGUACCCAUUGACUUGGAAACGGGGCCCGAAGGAGCCGCUGGUACGGUGACUAUUCGGCAGGAAAGUGAAUCCGAAGACGACACUGCCGGCCUUUCCCUCAUCCCCGCUGUCGAUGAAACAAGCCUGCCUCGUCGAUCAAAGAGACAGCGCGGAGAACCUCGCGAUGAUCAAGGCGCCGAGGAUCAGGUGCCCUCGGACAAUGAUGCCGGUGCAGAGGCUUCGGCGAUUGAGAUAGACUCCGGCGACGAUGCUUCCCGGCCGUAUAAGCGUAUCAAGAAGCAAGAGACUGAGUCAGACCUGGAGCAAGACGGCGACGACAAGAAGAAGAUGGCAAUGGAUGUUUCCUACGAAGGUUUCGCUAUCUACGGUCGUGUACUCUGCCUCGUCGUCAAGAAGCGCCAAGGUCUAAGAUUAGCAGUUUCGACCGCCGCUGGGGGUGCCAAGCAGCCUGCUGGCCAAGCCAGCAUGGAGAACUGGAUCAGCUCAACCCAGAUGCCUAACCCUGGCGCCGAGGAGGACGUGUCAUGA